AAAACAACAAAAAAUAAAUAAACCAAAAAGCGAAAUAACGACGAAUCAUCAAAAAGAGAUAACGAAAUUGGAGUGCGCUCGCGUGUUUAUGCGUGUGUGUAUGUGUGUGCAUAACAUAUUAAAUUGCAAAAAUUUAACAACUUUUAAAUCAAAUAUAUAUAGAAAAUGUCUGGUCCACUGCCCGAAAUCAGCGCCGAGCAGCGCAAAACAUUGGAACAGUUCCGCAAGUUGAUGAGUCCCGAGCUGAACGAGACGCAUGAUGAUUAUUUUCUACUGCGCUGGCUACGAGCUCGCAAAUGGAAUGUGGAGGCUGCAGAGAAAAUGCUUAAAGCGAGUCUCAAAACGCGCGCCAUGUGGAACGUGGAUAACAUAGAGAAGUGGGAAGCUCCCAGGGCGCUGCGCGAGUAUCUGCCCUAUGGCGUCAUGGGCUUCGACAAGGAGGGAUCGCCAGUAAUCGUUUGUCCGUUCUACAACUAUGACAUCUGGGGCAUGAUGCACUGCGUUACACGUUUCGAGUUUCAAAAGUAUUUGGUUCUGCUGCUGGAGCGAUUCAUGAAGCUCGCCUACGAGCAGAGCCUGAAGCAUGGCUGGAAGGCGCGCCAGCUGGUCGUCUUCUUGGACUGCGAGUCGAUGAACCUGAAGCAGUAUGCCUGGCGGCCAGCAGCCGAGUGCGUCAUAUCGUCCAUCAAGCAGUACGAGGCCAACUUCCCAGAGCUGCUCAAAAUGUGCUACAUCAUCAAUGCACCGAAGCUCUUCUCGGUGGCCUUUAACAUAGUGAAGAAGUUCCUGGACGAGAACACCACCAGCAAGAUUCACAUCUACAAGUCCGGCGUGGACAAGUGGCAGGAGUCGCUGUUCUCACUCGUUGAUCCCAAGAACUUUCCCAAGAGCUGGGGCGGCCAGCUGGUCGACAAACUGGGCGAUCCCCAGUGCAAGUCCAUGAUGGUGUGGGGUGGCAAGCUGCCCGAGGAGCUCUACAUCGAUCAGAACAGUCAGCAAAGCGACAAGACCUUCACGGAAACCCAAGUGCCGAAGGGAGACAAGCUCAAGCUGAACUUCAAGGUGAAUGGGCAGCAGGAGGAGCAGCUGCUCUCGUGGAACUUCCGCACCUUCGACUACGACAUCAAGUUUGGCAUUUACAGCGUGGACGAGAAGACGGGCGAGAAGCGCAGCGAGGUGCCGCUUGGCACCGUCUACUCCAACGAAAUGGAUGAGGUGGGCUGCAUCUCCACAAGACCCAACACCACAUACACCGUUGUGUUUGACAACUCGGCCAGCUAUUUGCGCAGCAAGCGCCUGCGCUACUGGGUCGAUCUCAUUUCGGACGAGGAGGAGGGCAUCGCAGAGCUCACCAACCAAAUGGACAACACGCAAAUUGCGACAGCUUAAGCGGCGAAGCCGGAACUGCAAUCAAGCCAAAAAGAAGAGCGCAAAAAGCAAAGCAGUAGAACAAGAUCUAAAUUCGGCCUUGUCGAAUUUUGUAUACCCUUGCUAAAAGACAAGAGAAAAUCUGUAAGAAACUAUCCUUUUGUCUUUUAUCCUUCGUUUUCCGAUUUCUGUUUUGAAUUCCAUCAAAUCGUGUAUCUCUUGACUAAUGUACAUUAUUGACCAUUACAGUCCAAUCGGUCGACAAUUUCUUCUGUGAGAUUAAGUUAGAACCAAACUAAAUGAGUUACUCCAGAAAUAUUUCCACCCCUUUCAGUUUGGCAAGGCUUAUCUCAUCAAGGGUACAUAAGAUACACAAACAACUAUAUUUAAUAACCUCGGUGCAAGCACUCACAGAAUCGCUCGACGGCCGACCCAUGUGAUAAAUGAUAUCAGCCAAGCAAAAACAAAUAAUCAGGCAAAUGCUCUUACGAUUACAGUAGUUAGCUUUACAGUUAGUUAGUGAUUUAUUACAUGUACUUAGUGCAUCUCUUUUGUACAAUAGUUUCGUAUUGUAAUGCGUAUUGCGUAUGCUGGAUAUUACAUUUUUAUAUAGCUCAAUCUGGAUCUGGAUUUUGAUCUUGACACUCAUCUCUCGUCUUCCGUGGACGCCAGUGAAUGUUACAAACUUGUGUUGUAUUUUAAACAAUAAAUAAAUGAAUGAUAGUUGGGAA